GACAUGUUACACUCACAAUGUCAAAAGAGUUAGUUGGCCACAUUUGUCCUGCGACUGUCCGCGUUGCUGUUCCAGCGGUUCUCUAAUCCUGUAUGUAAAUGACAGCCAAUAGAUGCUGUUGUUGAGUUGGGCUGGGAUUAGCGGAGGCGAAUGACUUUCAAUUUUACUGGAUUACAGAACAAAGAAAGGGGAAAGGGGACACACUCCUCUGUUAAAGAAAACAGAGAGAAACCCGGGCAAACUCAUCAAAUAAAUCACACCGAAUGCUUUUCGACAGACUACAGAGCCUUCGAGAUUAUGACAUUUAGCAAAGUCGCUGUCGCCUUUCUUUAGAUGGGAAUUCGGCUCUCACUGUUGGAUUAAACGGAGAAUAAACCUAUUCCGGGAUUGACAGCAUAAGAAGAAUGGCUCAGAUUCGGAAGUUGGGCUGUGAUGGGAUGAGGACAAACUCUCGACCAGAGCUCAAAGUUCCCCAAGUUUCAGCCAGACAAGAGAUCCUCACCAGCCUUGUGUCUGCUCUGGAUUCUGUGUGCUCCGCCAUGUCCAAGCUGAAUGCUGAGGUGGCCUGUGUCACUGUGCAUGAGGACAGCGUGAUCGCAGUGGGAACAGAGAAGGGAAGAAUCUUCCUGAACUCCAGAAAGGAAAUACAGACAGACUUUCACAAAUUUUGCAAAGUGUCCUGUCUACAAGCGUUAAACUCCAUGAACUCCCACAGCAAAGUUCCUGAAGUGGACUGCACCAGGACUGGGAAAGACAGCAGCGGGCAGCAGGGCAGACAGAGAGCCUUAACAGACACUCAUUCUAACAUCUUCGUCCUGAGGAAGAUGGUGGAGGAGGUUUUCAGCGUGCUUUACAGUGAGGCUGUUGGGAAGAGCAGCCUGGUCCCUGUGCCUUAUGACUGGAUUCUCAAGGAUCCCAGUUCAGUGGUGGUGUACGGCCUGCCUGACGGUGUGACUUUGAGAAAGCCUUCGGAAUACGACACCAAGACCUUAAUGAAGAUCUUAGAGCAGAGCAACCGCAUCCGCUUCAUAGUCAAAAGAACGCCAGAGGAACCCUCACGGGAUGCCAAAUCCUGUCCGGAAGUCAACCAUCACUCUUCGACCUCAAAGAGCACAAGCAACCACACCUCGGUCAAACCCUCGGUGCAGGAAGUGUCCGCCAGCAACUCCAUGCUCUCCAGCUUCCUGUACGGGAUGCCCAUGUCCUCCCAGCCUCACCCGGACAGCAAGCUGGACCUAAAGCCAACGUCAUUGCACAGCAUUGGCAAAGAGCGGCCGGGCAUGUGGACGCCCGCCGAGGAAAAAGCCGUUCAGGCCAAGGAAUGUGCUGACAAUGGCGAGCGAAUAGGGCUGGCAGCAGAUCUUACCCAGAGCCCUCCCAGCAUCCAUGUCUCCAAGCGCCUUCUGUUCUCCAUAGUGCAUGAAAAAUCAGAAAAAUGGGAUUCGUUCAUCAGGGAGACGGAGGAUAUCAAUACCCUUCGAGAAUGUGUUCAGAUCCUGUUCAACAGCAGAUAUGCCGAGGCAUUAGGUCUGGAUCACAUGGUUCCUGUGCCGUACCGAAAGAUCGCUUGUGAUCCUGAGGCUGUGGAGAUCAUUGGAAUUCCAGACAAGAUUCCCUUCAAGAGACCAUGCACUUACGGUGUGCCUAAACUCAAGCGCAUCCUGGAGGAAAGGCACGCCGUCCGCUUCGUUGUCAGAAGAAUGUUUGAUGAACGGAUUUUUACUGCUGCUGGUAAAGUCACAAAGGAGGAGGGCAAACAGGACGGUCCUGCCUCUGAGGAUGGUUUUCCAGAAGGCCUCAGGGUCCCGAGCUCUUCUCUAGAGCUGAUCAGCAACACUCACAGCAGCAGAUCGACCAGCUCCUGUGUCAGUCCUUUAGCCGAGUGUGAAGCAGGGCCAUCUGGGGACUGCCUGCCUUUGAAAAAGAUCAAAACAGAACCCCCAGAUGGUGAAAUUAUCCAGGUGACGGUGCCAGAAUCCAGUGCUUCAACAGAGGAGUCCAGUGAGCCUCAGGCUGAGCGAGUAACCCCUGACCUCUGUCGUCCAAAGGAGCCUGUCGCAGAGGAUUUAACACCGAAAUCUACACCGCAAGGGCUCAAGAGAGCUGUUGAAGAAGACAUCGGAGAGAUGAUCCUUCAGCUGCGAAAGCAAGUCGAGAGCCUGUUCAGCUGCAAGUACAGUGAGGCUCUUGCUCUGCCUGAACCAGCUAAAGUGCCGUACUCCAAGUUUCAGAUGUAUCCAGAUGACCUGUACGUCACGGGGCUGCCCGAAGGCAUGACUUUUCGAAGGCCAAACUGUUUUGGAGCAGCUAAACUCAGAAAGAUUCUUGCUGCCAGCAGUCAGAUUACUUUCGUUAUAAAGAGGCCAGAACUGUUGACGGAACAGGUCAAAAAUGAAAGUGUCUCUAAGACGACCUCUGAAUCAGCAGAAACUGACUCCAAAGACCAAUCAGAUGACCUAGGGCCUGCCUCCAAAAGACCUGGAUUCUCAGACAGUUUAGAGGCCAAGCUCUCCCGUAUUGACUUGGCGAACACACUACGAGAGCAAGUCCAAGACCUGUUCAACAGGAAAUACGGCGAGGCACUGGGCAUUAAGUAUCCUGUGCAAGUGCCUUACAAGAGGAUCAAGAGUAACCCUGGCUCAGUGAUUAUCGAGGGCCUGCCCCCUGGCAUCCCUUUCCGAAAACCCUGUACCUUCGGCUCACAGAAUCUAGAGAGGAUAUUAGCAGUGGCAGACAAGAUCUCUUUCAGUAUCACAAGACCUUUCCAAGGGCUUAUUCCCAAGCCAGCACCACGAAGGAUAACCAUAUUGAAGAAAGGUUACACCCCAAUAACUGAAGAAGACGAGGUCAACCGAAUGGGAGAGAAAGUGAUAUUAAGAGAACAAGUUAAAGAGCUCUUCAAUAAGAAAUACGGUGAAGCUUUGGGUCUGGAUCGGUCGGUCAUUGUGCCAUAUAAAUUAAUCCGAGCCAAUCCGGGCUCACUGGAAGUGUGUGGACUUCCGGAUGAUAUUCCCUUCAGGAAUCCUAACACUUACGAUAUCGUUCGGUUGGAAAAAGUCCUGCAGGCCCAAGACGAAAUUACUUUCACUAUCAAAACCCCCCUACAGCCUUUUACAGAGUUGUGUACUCAGUCUUGUAAUAAAGAAGGUAAAGAAGUGUCAACGAAUCGACGCAAGCGCAAACGUGUACUUGAGUCUAGUCAGACAUCCAUGACCACUGCAGGAGACUCAGCGCUGUCAACCAAUCAGAUACCUGUCAUGCAAUGGCCCAUGUACAUGGUGGACUAUAGCGGCGUGAAUGUUCAAGUUCCUGGCAAAGUCAAAUACUAAUAAACUUUAUGGAAGACUUCUACCAUUAAGGGACCUUUUUUUAAAAAAAAACUGACAUUUCUGAAUGCUAAAUUGAGCUUUCUCCAGAGCUGGGACAGACCUGCGGCUCAUGCAAGGAGCCGCCUGUGUUUUUUCUGGCAGAGAUUAAAGAGUGUGAACUGUUGGGUGCAGUUGUUUCUGAAUGAAGUGCUAAUGAUGGAGAAACACAGCAGUAAAUUAAUCUGCCAGUGCUUUAUAACAUAGAGAAACAGUGCUCACCCUCAUCCCAGUCCAAACCGGGAGGUUUUCAUUUUUAUUUAUACACUACCUGACAAAAGUCUUGUUGUCGAUCUUAGUUGUAAGAACAACAAAUAGUAACGACUUCUAGUUGAUCAUUUGGAAAAGUGGCAAAAGGUCGAUUUUUCAAAUGAAUCAUCUGUUGAACUGCAUCCCAAUCAUCACAAAUACUGCAGAAGACCUAUUGGAACCCACAUGGCCCAAGAUUCUGACAGAAAUCAGUCAAGUUUGGUGAAGGAAAAAUCAUGGUUUGGGGUUACAUUCAGUAUCAAGACAUUUGUGCUGCCCAUUACAUUACAAACCACAGGAGAGAGCAAAUUCUUCAGCAGGAUAGCGCUCCUUCUCAUACUUCAGCCUCCACAUCAAAGUUCCUAAAAAGCAAAGAAGGUCAAGGUGUGCUCCUGGCUGAUUGGCCAGCCCAGUCACCAGACAUGAACAUUAUUGAGCAUGUCUGGGGUAAGAUGAAGGAGGAGGCAUUGAAGAUGAAUCCACAGAAUCUUGAUGAACUCAUGGAAGUGCUCAUGCUUGAUGCUCAUGGAAGUCAUACACAAUAUUAACUUAUUCUCCACUGCACCAUGACUUUAUAUCCUAUACUGGACAUUAUUUCUGUUAAGUGUCAAGACUUUUGUCUAAGCAAAGUUGGACCUUACUGUCCUAAUUAAAUAAUUAAAAAUCAAGGCAUAAUCAUAUUUUAUUUUGGUAAAAUAAGCGUAAUCUAGAGGCCUUUGCCUUUCAUAUUAGCCACUUUUGAUACCAAAUGAUCAACUAAUUCAAGUUAUUAUUUGUUGUUUCUAAAAGUUGGAUAGGCAACAUGACUUUUGUCAUGUAGUGUAGAAUGCAAACAUUUGUUUUGUCUAAAAAGCUGACAAAAGUGUUAAAAAUGAAAACAUACAGAUCUGGAACAUUAAAUGAGGGUGAGUAAAUAAGAGGUUGUUUGUAAAAGGUGUAGCCAUUAUUUGCUUAUCAGAUGAACUAUAUUGCUUUGCCACCAGGAUUUGUAAUGGCAGAUCCUGGACACAAUCAUGGUUAAAUAACCAUCUCAUAAACAGCAGUAAGAAUAGCAUUUUGGGAUUUGUUUUUAAUCCAACAUAUGUCUAAUCACUGUUGGGAUACACAGCCUUUGUUUGGUGCCGAGAGAGAGCUCGUACAGUACGUACAUACUCUAUACGACUAUCUGGGUCUCAUGCCUUGCGAAUGUUUGUAUUGUUAUUUAUUUAUUUAUUGAAAUAAUUAAAAUGUGUAUAUGCAGGGAAUGUAAACUCUGGCAUUCAGUAUAUUACAUUAAGUAGCUUUACUGAAUGACACGGCUAAUGAUGCUAAAAACAACGAGCUACUUGUGUAAUGUUAUUCGGAGAGGAUAUUUUGCUUCAGGUUUCGAGCAAGUCAAGUUGGAAAACCCCUAACACGAUAGCACUAACUUAUAUUCAAUCGAAAGACUUUUGUUUUGUAUUAUUUUAGCAUUGUAAGCUACUCUUACGUUCGUUCAAUUGAGGCAAAGUGAGGUAUUUCACAGAGAAAACAUCAUGAAUGUAUUGUUUGUAAAGGAAAGACUAAAAUGUUAUUCUGUAAUGACUGUCUCUGGAAUCGCCAGUAUUUAUAUGCUGUACCUUAAUGCCAUUUAGGCCUUUCAAAUAAAAUGUGUUGCCUUGCGUUUAA